CUCUCUCUCUCUCUCUCUCUCUCUCUCUCUCUCUCUCCGACCCAGUCCGUGCUCCCCAUGGAAACCCUCUCCUUCUCGCCCCUCUCUCCCUCGCCUCACUCCCUCCCCUCCCGUGGCGCCAUUGGCGGCUUGCGAAGCUCGGCUGUGGCUCCGACCCUCUCCGCAUUCUCUUCUUCGCGAGCGCCCACCUCCCACUCUCUCGGCUCCUCUCCCACAAAUCCCUUCACUAGGGAAGUGUGGAGUUGGGUGAACUCGGAAUCGCGAAACGUCUGCAGAAGAAGAAGCAGCAGCUUAGUAGUGAGAGCGGAGAUGUUUGGGCAGCUUACUAGCGGCCUCGAGACCGCAUGGAACAAACUCAGGGGUGUAGAUGUUUUGACAAAGGAGAAUGUUGCCGAACCAAUGCGAGAUAUCCGGAGAGCUCUUCUGGAAGCUGAUGUGAGCUUGCCAGUGGUAAGAAGAUUUGUACAAUCUGUUAGCGAACAGGCUGUCGGCACUGGCCUGAUCCGAGGAGUGCGGCCUGACCAACAGUUAGUGAAGAUUGUGCACGACGAACUUGUGAAACUAAUGGGUGGAGAAGUGUCUGACUUAGUUUUCUCCAAGUCCGGCCCCACUGUAUUCUUAUUAGCUGGUCUACAAGGCGUUGGGAAGACUACAGUUUGUGCAAAGCUUGCCUUUUAUCUUAAGAAACUGGGGAAGAGCUGCAUGCUGGUUGCUGCCGAUGUGUAUAGGCCUGCUGCUAUUGACCAACUCAAAAUUUUGGGUGACCAGGUUGGUGUGCCGGUUUAUGCUGAAGGAACUGGAAUAAAGCCUUCAGAAAUUGCGAAGCGUGGUCUGGAAGAGGCCAAAAAGAAGAAAAUUGAUGUUAUUAUUGUGGAUACUGCUGGAAGACUGCAUAGUUUGUUGUCUGUUCUUCUCUCAGCACUGGUCACAACGUUCAAUAUUGAGAUUGGUAUCACUGGUGCUAUACUGACAAAGUUAGAUGGUGACUCUAGAGGUGGAGCAGCUCUGAGUGUUAAAGAGGUGUCUGGAAAGCCAAUUAAGCUUGUUGGGCGGGGGGAACGCAUGGAGGACCUUGAACCUUUCUAUCCUGAUCGGAUGGCCGGCCGAAUAUUAGGAAUGGGCGAUGUUCUUUCUUUUGUGGAGAAAGCACAAGAAGUCAUGCGUCAAGAAGAUGCUGAGGAACUACAGAAGAAGAUCAUGAGUGCCAAGUUCGACUUCAAUGAUUUCUUGAAGCAAACACGAGCUGUUGCACAAAUGGGCUCUAUGAGCCGUGUGAUUGGAAUGAUCCCAGGCAUGGGCAAGAUUACUCCAGCACAAAUUCGUGAAGCGGAGAAAAGUUUGAAAAUUAUGGAAUCUAUGAUUAACGUGAUGACACCUGAGGAAAGAGAAAAACCAGAAUUAUUAGCUGAAUCGCCUGAGAGGAGAAAGAGAAUUGCGAGCGAGUCUGGAAAGACAGAGCAACAGGUGAGCCAACUCAUCGCUCAACUUUUCCAAAUGCGUGUACGAAUGAAGAAUCUGUUGGGAGUGAUGGAAGGAGGAUCCAUUCCAGCAUUGAGCAAUCUCGAGGAGUCGCUUAAAGCUGAGCAAAAGGCACCUCCUGGUACUGCCAGGCGGAAGAGGAGAUCGGAGUCCCGAAGGCAAUUCGCCGAUUCAGCAUCAGCAAGGCCAAGCCCACGCGGUUUUGGAGCGAAGAAUUGAGCAGAAUUUGUGUUUCUGGUAGGCAAUUUGCAGACAAUAUCAGCGAGGCCAAGCUCAGCGAGGCCAAGCCCACGUGGUUUUGGAGCAAAGAGUUUGACGGAAUUUCUUUGCUUGCAGUCGUGCAAGAAAUUACUUGCAUGCUUUGCUGCAGGCUGUCUUUAUUUUCUCCUUUCUUUACGAGUGUUGCAAGUUAAUUCGAAGAAUGCUUUGGAGGGUGAGUUCUUUUUUUGAUGAAAAGUAUCCAACAACUCAAGGUGUAAUAGAGCAAAUCUUCAUGUAUUGGUUGACAAAUCUGUAUUAUUUUGGUAUAAUGUUUCAGAGGAAAAUGUAUGGUUAGGUUCCAUUUUGUCAGCAA